UCCAUAACCUGCCUGCCCUUUUCUGGAUCCGCUGGUUCAUGCCAGGCUCGGCUGGGCCCGGCGCAGAGGUGACGCUGCCUCUUGCUGCCCGGCUUCUGCCAGAUGCCCUUCUCCCUUGGGUGACGCUUGCUCACACCCACUGGCCAGGGCUGACGAGCGGCUCUCUCCUUGUUGCAGCUCUCCGCAGCCCGCUGAGCAUGUCCAGCCCCUACACGUCCUCCUUUGGAAUGGUGCCUCAUGCCACCCUCAACGGGGAGCUCCCAGCUCCCAGCAUGUACAUGGGCAUCCACCUCUCGCCGCAGGUCAGCAGUGCCGUGAUGUACGGCCGGUCCCCGAUGGUGGCUUUUGAGUCGCACCCUCACCUGAGGGCUUCCACCAUCUCAUCUUCACUCUCCACCAUCCCUGGAGGGAAACCCGCCUACUCCUUCCACGUCAGCGCCGACGGGCAGAUGCAACCGGUGCCUUUCCCACCCGAUGCCCUCAUUGGCUCCGGCAUCCCCCGCCACGCGCGGCAGCUCCACACCCUGACCCACGGCGAGGUGGUCUGCGCCGUCACCAUCAGCAGGAAGGUGUGGGACGUGGGGCAGCCGGGCACCAAGACGGCUGUGGCUCAGCUGGACUGCUUGAACCGUGACAACUACAUCCGCUCCUGCAAGCUGCUCCCCGACGGCCGCAGCCUGAUCGUGGGGGGGGAGGCCAGCACCCUCUCCAUCUGGGACCUGGCAGCCCCCACGCCCCGCAUCAAGGCCGAGCUCACCUCCUCUGCCCCCGCCUGCUACGCCCUGGCCAUCAGCCCCGACGCCACAGUCUGCUUCUCCUGCUGCAGCGCUGGCAGCCCUGACGGCCGUGCCCUCGCCCUCUCCGUCCCCCUCUUUCCCAGGCAGUUUCAAGGUCACACGGAUGGUGCCAGCUGCAUUGACAUCUCUAAUGAUGGCACCAAGCUGUGGACAGGGGGGCUGGACAACACGGUGCGGUGCUGGGACCUGCGGGAGGGGCGUCAGCUGCAGCAGCACGACUUCAGCUCUCAGAUCUUCUCCCUGGGGUACUGCCCGACGGGAGAGUGGCUGUCAAAGGAAACCUCCUCCGUCCUCAGCUGCGAUGUCUCCACCGAUGACCAGUUCAUCGUCACUGGCUCAGGGGACAAGAAAGCUACGGUUUACGAGGUCAUUUACUGA